AAAAUGAGCCAGCCUGUUGUUGCAGWCUCAACAUGUCUUUUAAUACCAAGUCCUUUUGAUGUCCUUUCCCAGAGCACGCCCUCUGUAUUUUGGUUUCACUAGAAGGCUAGUCAAGCAUUGGCUCUUGUUCAGCGCACUCUUUCUUCAAUGGUAGAUUUAUGACAUUAGAAUCGUGCAAAAAAACUCAAAUCAAUCCCUGCAAGUUCUGCACUAUUUUAAUGCAAUUCGAUGGAAACCCCUUUUGAACAAGUGCUAAUGCAUUUAUUACGUUCAUCAUUGCGUGCCCCACGUCCUCGUGUGACAAGGAAGUAUCUAGCCCGUUUUUCCCACAGAKGGGAGGGAUGGGAAGCGGAUGAAUGCUUUGUCAGCAAUCCUGUGUAGUCACGCGAUAUUAGAAUCGAGCGAGAAAAUUCAAUUCCCAGGCUAAAUAAGAAAAAGAGAACAUAUAUUGUCCCAGAAUUAUAAUAUUUCAAAAAGAAAAACGAAMAGAAUCUGAUCUGGUUUUAGUUAAACGCUCCGUGACAAUCAAUGUCCAAGGGUCGCACGUGAACAAAACGUGUUCCGUGACCCCAGUAGAAUUACUCACUUUGAGUUACUUGAGCAUAUAGUUUUGUUCAUCUUUAAUGGCUAUUCUUUUAGAGAAAUAAAAAUUCUAUGGAUAUGAAAGUUGAGUAUUGGAGUGUUUCGAACCAACAACGAGGUUCUAUCGCACUUUCACUUGAACCACUCRAGGAUAAAAAUAUUGCAGGCUUAAAAAUGGUUUUACAACAGCUACUUGGGGUACCAGCUAGUGAUAUUUCUGCCUUUUUAAAUGGAACACCUUUGGUUGACGAUAAGAUGCCGUUAAAGCAGCUUUAUUUGCGAGAGAAUGAUCAUCUAUAUGUGGAAUUCAACAGUAUAGGAAAUCUUGCAACCAUUAAACAGCUGAUCGCAAAGUUUGAAGCAUUUAAGGGGUUUUAUACCAGACGCAAUACCAUGUACUCGUGGAAAUGCAAUACUGCAUUGAUAAAUCGUCACUGUUAUUAUGAAAUAGACAAUGCCAUUAUCAGGUUAUGUGAACUGUUUUUACCAUGGAAAAGCGGAUCUUCUACAGCAAACAAGCGAUUCUUUAUAGAGCAAGGCGGAGUGGACUUGYUUGUUGACAUCUUCAAGUUUUCAACCAAGGUUUUCGUAGAAGACAGUAUGUUGUUCUUUGACAGGCUAGCAGAAACAGAACCUGGUAUACAAGAACACAUAGCUAAGAAUGGACUUAUCSUCAGGAAACUAUUAAUCAUGAUGAAUAGACAGAUAAAAAGGCCUGUCCUUCAAUAUCCUUUAUUCUCAAGCCAGCUUGCAGCUGCUACUCUCUUCUUCUGCACAUUGAAUGAGUGUUCUCUGAAAUACCUGAUCCAGAAAGGCGUUCACUACCAGGUGAUGAGAAUCCURCAGCAGCUUCUGGAAGACAUCAAUGGAGACCUUAUUUUAAGAUUCUAUUGUGUAUUAUUUUUKGGGAAAAUACGUGCGUCCGAAAUCAAUUACCUGAACAAUAAUGAUGAAGCUGCACAAACAAUUGAUUGUUUGAUUGAGAGAUUUCUUAGGAAGCACAAACCACAUGAAAUACAAAGCUGGAACGAACAAUACUCCUGUCACUGGAAGUCUCUUGUUCCAUGUGUGGAGAUAAUGUAUGCUGGUGGACAGUAUUGCAUGUGCAAUAAAGGCUUGUUGCAAGGUAGUGCAAGUGCUUGGAACUAUGGAUUUAUUAAAUGUGACUGUACUAACAACAAUGCAGAAAAUAUAGAAUCAGUGCAAAAAAAUUCAAAAACUAAAGAACUACUUGUAAAACAUGAGGCAUGUUGUGAAAAAGCCUUGCGUGAACAAACAGAUGACAUGAUGGUUUUAUCUCCGUCAAACAGCACUUCAUGCCAAUGCAUAAAACAAUUGCCACAUUAUUAUACUUCAGGAAGUAGAACAGACUGUGUAUCUUGGCCUGGCUCGCAUACUACUCUGAGGCUUGGAAUAUUUACCCURCAGUGUCUAUUACCCAUUAAAGACAACUGCCAUGUUCUGAUCCAAGAAAAUUUGCUGCCUUAUGUAAUCACUUUAGGAUGGCAGCUUCAAAACCCUGAAAGACUUGCUUUGAAGAAAGCAUUAAGCCAUGUAAAUAAUGUAGAGUCUACAUGGAAUCCUCCAUCUCUGGAAGUAAUCAUAGCAUCUKUGUUUGCUAGACGAGAUGGUUUAAAGAAGGUUAGACAACAUCUGGUUACUGGCAAAAUCUAUUCUUGACAAAUUUUUCCUUAAAAUAAUGCUGAGAAAUCAUGUACUCAAGCUCAUUUUUGUGAUGAUUGAGAAUAGAAUAUAUAUUAGGUUCAUUGACAUAUUAUCACAAAUAUGAUUUUGCACCAUAGCUAAACAGUAAAUUGUUAAAAAAAUUUAGCAGGCGUAGCUCAGUUGGUUAGUGCGUGGCCUUCAGAGCUUGAGGUCCACAGUUCAAUCCUCAGGAUCUCUCCACGUCUGUUUCGAUUUCUCUCUAAUCCGUGUAGCUUUAGCUUUGAAUACUCAUAAAACGGAGCACUGAUGGAGAGAGGAGUUAAAGUGCACACCGUCGGCUUCCAAUGAUAGAAUUUGAAUUUCAACUGAAGGAACUACCRCCGUUAAAUAUAGGUACUUUACCUUCAUUCAAAAAAAUUAGGAUUCAAUAAUAAAAGUUAUAUAUAUAAAUUAAAUAUAUAUAAAGUUAUAUAUAGUUAUAGAUUAUUUUUCUAUACUGCUCAAUUGAAUGGCUAGCAUCUUGUGUACUGUUUACUGCAGGGAACUUCUUCUUCCACUUUCAGACUGACUUCUGUUUUACAGUUGAUAUGGUUUUUGUGGUUGCCUGAUCAAUAUGUUAAAAGUGUAAGUUUUAUUACCGGAAAAAAUAGGUAGUACUUUUUCAUGCAAAAGUCAAGCAGAAACAAUUUCAAUGCAUUUUUGUGUCAAUACACUGUUGCAUAAAAAUACCACUAGCUGCAAAUCCCCAAAUAACCUCAGCUUGAAGCAGUUGAAAUAUAACCUAUAGAACUAUAACUAUAACCAGUUGAUAUGGAAAUGGCAAUAACUUAUCACAAAAAACAUUWUUUAUUCUUCAAUGAAUAUUAAUUAAUAUCAAAUUCAUUUAGUUAUUUGUUAGGAAUAAUUGUAUUUUACAUAUUGUCUGUCCUAUUACAAAGGAAUUUCAGAGCAGUUUAGUCAACUGCAACAUUAUCUGCAAAGAUGGCAGCCUAUAAAAGCAACGAACUACAAAAAGUACAUUAAUAUAAUAAUUMUUUUCUCAGCAUUCAAUAAAUCAUUUUUUUGGCAACAUUUAGAAAUAAUGUUAUAACAAAUCCUAGUUUUUGACUAUUAAAAUUAUUGUUCUAUCA